AUGGAGAAAUAUGAGCGAGUAGAGAAGCCUCGCCCUGAGGUCCCUAUUAUGGAUAACGAGAUUCGCAUAGCUAGCCUGGGGUGGCCUAGGAAGUAUAUUACAAAUGCAAUAACUCUUCUCGGAGACAGAGGUGUAUCUACAGUUGUGUUGAAGGCAAUGGGAAAUGCAAUUAGUAAGGCAGUAAAAGUUGCAGAGGUCAUUAAGAGGAGGAUUCCAAAUCUUCACCAGAACACAACAAUUGGCUCUGCUGCUGUAUCAUAUACUAGGGAGCCUGUCAAGGAAGGCCUUUUGCCUUUGGAAACAAUGAGGCACGUAUCCAUUAUAACAAUCACUUUGUCCACAACGCAACUUGACACAUCAUCUACUGGUUAUCAACCACCACUGCCAGUUGAUCAAGUUAAGCCUAUGCUUGAAUAUGAAAAUGAGGGAGAGGAUUCUCAAUUUGUAUCGGGCAAAGCUCGAGCUCGUGGGAGGGGAACUGGAAGAGGAGUUAUUUCUGUUUCUCAAGCUCAACCACAAUAUGUCAAUGGUAGUUUGAACGACAAUGGUAGGGGAGGUCAUAGGAGGGGCAGUUUUGGUCAUGUUGGUAAUUAUAGUGAAAAUGGCUUUGGUAGAGGCCAAGGUCGUGGUGAAGGUAGAAAUGGUGGUAAUGGUGAAGAUGGAUGGCAAGUAGUUUCUCGAGCCAGAGGGCGUGGCAUGGGGAGGGCACGAGCAAGGGGUGGCAGGAAUUAA